AUGCACAGACGUUCGUCUGGCUCGCCUGUUGAGGAUGACGCUGAAGAUUCCUUGGCCUCUGGAACUACAAAUGAACCAAGUUUUUGUCCCAAUGUUGUCGACUCACCGGAAAAAUCGCGUCCGCAUGUAGCCCGAACAGGCUCCAGUUUUGACCUCCGUCGGGAUACCUCAGGCGUGCCAACCCCGCGUUCUAGAAACUCGAGCAUGUGGAGGACACCGUCGGCGGCCACGUCGACAACCAAUUUGGGCAAUAUUGAUCUGAAAUCGUCCCCCGUCAUGAUACCACUGGCCUCCCAGCGACUACCGAUAGAACCAUCAUCCGACACCCAGUCCCAAUCUCGGCCAUCCCGACUCCGGAGUCCGUGGCCAUGUUCCAUACUGACUGCGUUCACCACCCUCCUCGCUUCCAUAGUCCUCUUCUUUAUUCUCCGAUCGUUCUCGGAUCGUCAGAUUGGGGGAGCUGGCUGCGGCAUACCUGUCAUGAGUCCGUCAUUCCUUCAUAUGGUGGGGUUUGAUACGGAGCACACGCGCUUUGCGAGCAAGUAUAAUCUAUAUUUGUAUCGAGAGCAAGGUAUCGAUCCAUACACUCAUGAGAACCUCGGGCUAAACGGCGUCCCUGUAUUGUUCCUACCCGGAAAUGCUGGUAGCUAUCGACAAGUCCGAUCCUUGGCCGCCGAAGCGUCAAGGCACUACAGCGAUGUCAUCCGCCACGACCACGAGCGCCUGGCGACCGGUACACGGAGCUUGGAUUUCUUCAUGAUUGAUUUCAACGAAGACAUGGCUGCUUUUCACGGACAAACCCUUGUGGACCAAGCCGAAUACGUGAACGAAGCAGUGGCUUAUAUCUUCUCACUCUACCAUGACCCGAGGCGGUCCUGGAGGGAUCCCGAACUUCCAGAUCCCAGCUCUGUCAUCCUCGUGGGGCACUCCAUGGGAGGCAUUGUCGCGCGCACAGCUUUGACCAUGCCAAACUAUCAAGCGAACUCGGUCAACACCAUCAUCACCAUGUCCGCUCCCCACGCUAAGCCUCCUGUUUCAUUUGAAUCAGAUAUCGUUCAUACAUACAAAAAAAUCAAUGAUUAUUGGCGCGAGGCAUAUUCCGAGACCUGGGCCAACAACAACCCCCUAUGGCAUGUAACUCUCAUCUCCAUUGCUGGCGGGUCCCGCGAUACAGUGGUUCCCUCGGAUUACGCCAGCAUAUCGUCUCUCGUCCCAGAAACCCACGGUUUCACCGUCUUCACGUCCACUAUUCCCAAUGUCUGGAUAGGAAUGGAUCAUCUGUCAAUCACAUGGUGCGAUCAAUUCCGGAAAGCGAUCAUCAAGUCCUUGUUUGAAGUUGUCGACGUGCGACGUGCCAGUCAAACAAAGCCGAGAGCACAACGGAUGCAGGUUUUCAAAAAGUGGUAUCUGACGGGAUUAGAGCCUGUGGCUGAGAGGACUCUUUCACAGAAAGUACCCAAUACUCUUCUAACCCUUGAAGGCCAAGCCAACACGAUCUUGUCACAAGGUCAACGACUCACUGUCCGUGAGCUGGGCCAGCGCACGGGUCCGAACGUAUACCUGAUGCCCAUUCCCCCACAGGGAGUGUCCGGGAAAAAGUUCACCCUCCUUACAGAUCAGCCCUUCGAGAGAAUCGGGAGCCAGGGCAACCUCGAGGUCCUCUUCUGCACCGUGUUCCCCCCACACGAUGGAAAACCUUCGAAUGUGCUCUCCAUGAACAUGGAAUUUUCCGGGGAUAGCGUGGGCUCUACCCAUCUUGCAUGCAAGAACGCUGCCGAUGACAGCAUCCACCUACCAGCAUCAACACCUUCCUCUAAGCAUGCUUUUGACCGAGCCCAGCCAUUCUCCUAUCUUCAGUAUGAUCUGGAAGAUCUAGCGGAGCAUCAGUUUGUGGCGGUUGUCGAUAAAACUCAUGCGCCUACCAAGGGCUGGGUGCUAGCUGAAUUUUCGGAUAGCUCGGAUGCUGUCAUCAGGGCUCGAAUCGGACUAGGAAGCCUACUCGGUGCAGGGUUGAAGGUGAGACUACCAGCAAGCCGCCCUAUGCUCACUGAGGUGAAGAUUCCCGCUUUGCACUCCAGCUUGCUGGAUUAUAAACUCAAGAUAGUCCAACGAGACCACAAGGGUCAGCAGGAGCUCUUUGCUCCACUAUUACGGCAGUCUAUUCCGGAUCCGCACGAGUCCAAAUUCUUCAUCAAUGUGAAGGAGGUUAGCGUGAAUCUGCAUGGAUUGGCACCCUUUAUGCCUCCCCCACUUCGUGACCAGGCAGCCUUGGGUGGGGUGUCCUUUCAGCUAUGGACAGACCCCAGCUGUGGUUCCACGGUAGAUAUCUCCUUGACGGUGGACAUUCUCGGCAGUCUCGGAGAGUUGGUAAUGCGCUAUCGCACGGUUUUUGCUACAUUCCCUGUUCUUGUCAUCUCUCUGGUCCUCCGAAAGCAAUUCCAGGUGUACGACGAGACUGGCUACUUUAUCACCUUUGCGGAGGGUUUGGACCGAACGUUGAGAUCGUCCUUGCCUGCUCUGUUGCUCUCCAUGUCCCUUCUGGCUUCGUCUCUGGCGACUUCCAAAGCGUUGCCAUCGAGCGACGAUCCGUUCCAUUGGCGUACGAACUCCACGGAGUCCCCAGUAGAUUUUACUAAGAACGACUUGCUUUUGGGCUCGCAAGACUCGUUCUUCUGGUUCUUAGUGCCUUUGUUUGGUCUGAUCAGUGUCGGGGUCUGCGUUAUCGUCAACUAUAUGGUCCUUGCCCUCCUCUCAACAUUCUCUUCGAUUUAUGGAGUUUUGAAGAGCAAAUCAGGUUAUAUCCGGCGCGAUGAUAAAGGAAGCGUGCCUAUCUUCUCGGUCUCUACACCAAGACGACGGCUGAUCAACACGAUCGUCCUGUUCGUUCUCGUGUCAACGGCGAUCCCUUAUCAGUUUGCAUAUAUGGUAGCAUGUAUUGUUCAGUUAGCAACAUCCGUCCGGGCCCAAUGGCAUGCCAAGGAGACUAAAUCUACUACACAUUACAACUUUGCCAACUAUACCCAUUCGAUCUUCCUUUUCAUGCUGUGGAUCCUACCCAUCAACAUCCUUGUCCUCCUUGUGUGGGCUCAUAAUCUGGUUGUGCAUUGGUUUAUGCCGUUCUCAUCACAUCAUAAUGUUUUCUCCAUAAUGCCGUUCAUACUCCUUGUUGAAGCGAUGACUACUGGAACAAUAAUCCCCAGAGUCACCACACGACUUAAACAUAUCACAUACGUGCUUUUCUUUUCCAUUGCGAUCUACUCAGCAGUAUAUGGUGUUUCAUAUGCCUACUUACUCCAUCAUCUCGCUAAUAUCAUCGCCGCCUGGCUGACUGGGGUCUACCUUUUCAACAGCGGCUUCUCUAUCCGACGAUUUUGGCGAAUAGUAGAAGGAGACGAAAUGACGCACAGCACCUCCAAACUAGGGAGUUACAUGAAGAAAAAACCAUAA